AUGCAACAAAUUGAACAAACUAACGAAUAACUCUUUGCUCCUUCUAAUGUCGACUUAUAAAAGGCUGCCAAUCCUAAGGUUAACAAGUACUUAGCUACUGGUAUGAAUCCCCUUCCUCUUUUGAAGUCAAAGAAUGAUGAAGGCAAGGCUCCUAAGGAGGGUUAUGAAGAUGAACCCUUACUCAAGGAUAACCCUAACCGUUUUGUACUCUUCCCUAUCAAGUACAACAAGGUCUGGGAAAUGUACAAGAAGGAACUUGCUUCUUUCUGGACUGCUGAUGAAAUUGAUUUAUAUCAAGACUUGAAAGAUUGGGAACGUCUCACUGAUAAUGAACGUCACUUCAUCAAGUACGUUCUCGCUUUCUUUGCUGCCUCUGACGGUAUCGUCCUUGAAAAUCUCGCUGAAUAAUUCAUGUGUGAAGUCUAAAUUCCUGAAGCUCGUGCCUUCUACGGAUUCUAAAUUGCUAUGGAAAACAUUCAUUCAGAAACUUACUCUCUUUUGAUUGACACUUAUAUUAAGGAUGAAGUUGAAAAAGAUUAUCUUUUCAAGGCUUCUCAAAAUGUUCCAGUAAUUCACAAAAAGGCUUAAUGGGCUCUUAAAUGGAUUAACAAUAACGAUAAUUUUGCUUCUAGACUUAUUGCCUUCGCCGCUAUUGAAGGUAUCUUCUUCAGUGGUAGUUUCUGUGCUAUCUUCUGGCUCAAGAAGCGUUCUUUAAUGCCUGGUUUGACUUUCUCUAAUGAACUUAUCUCUAGAGAUGAGGGUCUUCACACUGAUUUCGCUUGUUUAUUAUACUCUAUGUUGAAUAAGAAGCUCACUAAAGAAGAAAUUUAUGAAAUUAUCACCGAAGCUGUUGAAAUCGAAAAGGAAUUCAUUUCUGAAGCUCUUCCUGUAGAAUUAAUUGGAAUGAAUAGCAAUAUGAUGAAACAAUACUUAGAAUUCGUUGCUGACAGACUUUUAUUCGCUUUAGGUGUACCCAAAUUCUACAACAGUAAAAAUCCUUUCGAAUGGAUGGAUAUGAUUUCUAUUUAAGGUAAAACUAACUUCUUCGAAAAGAGAGUUGGUGAAUACUAAAAGGCUAACGUUAUGUCUUCUAAAGAAGAUAAGGUCUUCAGAUUAAAUGCUGAUUUCUGA